AUGCUGCAAUUGUAUACCGAAGACACUUAUGAGGUGGAAGGAGAGCCUCUUUUUGGCUAUUUACGAGGCAGAUACACUCAGAGAGAACUUUGCUCCAUCGAUGAUCAUGCUUUUGAUUUGGGCAUCGAAGUGGUACCCUGUAUCCAGACGUUGGGCCACCUCGGACAAAUCUUGCAAUGGCCGCAUUAUGCUUAUUUGCGCGACAAUACCGAAGUGCUUUUGGCCGAAUCGGAAACGACGUAUGAGUUUAUUGAAAAACUUAUUAAAGCGGCGGCACGACCUUUUCGAUCGAAACGUAUUCACGUUGGCAUGGACGAGGCCUAUGGAAUGGGUGAAAGUCGGUAUCGCCAACUUUUCGGUUACAAAGAGCCCACCCGUGUCUUUGUGGAUCAUUUGCAACGAGUCAACGAGAUUUGUACGCGGCUAGGACUUCAACCCUUGAUUUGGUCCGACAUGCUGUUCUGUCUCGCGGCCAAGAACAAUACGCUUCAGGGAUACUAUGACGAGAGCAAUAAUCCAGCCACACCCGAACUGAUUGAAAAAAUGCCAGCAAAUGUGGAAUUGGUGUUCUGGGACUAUUAUCACACCAGUCCCGACAUUUACCUGCAAAAACUGCAACAGCAUCGCGAACUCGGUUGUCAACAACCUUGGGUAGCCACGGGAGCAUGGACAUGGAGUCGGUUCUGGACAGCCCUUCCCUUCACGUUUGAAUCUGUCCGUGCUAGUACAGUGGCUGCCAAGAAUCGAGAACAAGGUGUACGUAAUUCAUUUAUUACCAUAUGGGGUGAUGAAGGCAACGAAUGCGAUGUCUUUUCGUGUCUACCAGCGUUGUGUUAUUACGGGGAUCAUGGAUAUACUGAUCGGGAUGAAGUGGAUAUUUCCACACUGAAAAGAAACUUUGAGGGAAUCUGUGGAGCAAAUUUUGAUGACUGGGUCAUUGCAUCCAAGAUUGAUGAUACGCCGACGGGUAUUCCUAUCACAGCGCGCACACAUUACAUGCCCAAUACAAGUAAAUGGCUACUUUGGGAAGAUCCCUUCUUGAGUUUUAUGUCUCCCCAAUACGCGGAUGAAGACUUGGAAACGUAUUACACAUCGGUGGCGGCGCAGUUGUUUACGGCGAUCGAGACAAAGAAGGAAAUGUGUCCAUUAAAUGAGCGGUUAGAAUUCCCGGCUCGCAUUGCCACGGUUUUAUCGUUGAAAUGCCAUUUACGACAACGGCUUGUGGAAGCGUAUCGCAAGCGAGAGUACAUGCAGCUGUAUGAACUGGCGCAAGGCCGAUUAACACGGCUGCGGGAAGAAGUCGAAGGUCUGUGGAAGUGCCAUCGGAAAUUGUGGAAAAAGAUGUACAAGCCUUUUGGAUGGGAAGUGUUGGAUCUUCGUUACGGAGGACUGCGAACGCGGCUGGAAACCAUGUAUGACCAUAUCAUUGAAUAUGUAGAAUACAUGAUGACAGCGGAAGACAACGCUCGCGGGGAUGAAGACGACGAAGAGGAACAAGAUAGUCGCAGACACAUUCCUGAAUUCGAGGCAGAACUUGAAACACUGUUUUAUGGAUCAAGAACCAACAUGAUCCUCAACUAUGCGCGUGUCGUUUCACCUUCCCGUCCCGGAUAA